AUGAUAUUUCAUUCAGCUGUUUGACAAAAUGAUGAGCUUGACGCGCAUUCUAGACAUUUGAAACUUGUGAGUCAUUAAUGGUGAUGUAUUUUCCCAUAAACGAACGGUGAAGUUCGUUUUUAAAAGUCUGUGCUGUCAAAGACAAUUUAAGCUCAAAACACACAAACAGUGCUUUACAACAUGGAUGAAGUUGUAAUGGAUGCAGCAAAUAAAGACACCAAUUCGCGACAAAGACGUCGCAAAAAGCGAAUGUCAAGAGAGAUUGACGAUUACACAAAUGAAAGCUUAGAAUCACCGAGCUCCUUACCGGAGAGAAUUCCUCUUCAAGAGGUCGUAGACGGAGACAAAGGUGGAGUGCCUCACAGCGCGUCAAAUAAUUCUGGUGAUCAAGAGGGAAGCUCCGGGAUUCCCCAACCAACUUCGGAAAGAAAAAACAGAGCGAGAAGACAGAGAAGAAGAUCCAGAAUGGAAAAUGGAGAAGUGUAUGAUGGAAUGGAGUCUAACACACUAGAUAUACCAGAAAAGAAAAGAUAUAAACGCCCUGCAUCAGGUGUAACUCGUCAUGCCAGGUCAGCCAGUGCUGAGGUCAUCAACAGAGAAGAGGAGGAUAUGAUGGGAGAUACUGAAAACUUAAGUCCUGCAAGGAGAAGGCCAAGAAGGAAAAGAACACAUGGUUCCCGAGAUGUCAUCAAUGGCGAAGAAUAUGCUCAUGACUAUGAUGGAUAUGAUGGCCCUGGAGACUCGAAGAGGACAAGAUCAAAGAAAAAUAAAACAAAGAAAUCUCAAAGACAGCAGACUGGAACAUCAGCAGAAGAAGACAACUAUAAUGCUGAUAAUGAUGAAGAAGCUUCAACAGUUGACUAUUAUAAGGUGGACAAAGAAGACAUUGUGGUUAGCAACACCACAGAAACAUCACCCCCUGUCCUCCCCCCUGUGGCCCAGACCUUGCCAAGUCAGCCACUAGAUGUUGUCUUUAUUGAAAGGAGAGAUGGCCAGGGAUUUACACGGGAGAGAAAAACUAGACUUAUGCAAUUAGAAGAAGAGAGAAAUAAAGAACCAGAAAAGGUUCCCUCCUCCAUGCAGAUGACAACGGUUGAGUUUGCUGUGUCAGUGCAUCGAGCCUUUAGAUCUUUUUCUGUUUUCUGCCAUGGACUUCUUGCAGGGCUGGCUCUUUGCCAGGUCAUCUUUGUUUACUCGCUUAGUAAUAACAGCCAAGGUGACGUGGUCUUCCUGGAAAACUACUACAAGCUGGCACAACCUUUACAGUCACUGUACUACAUGCUGUUUGCAAUCUGUACAGUGUCUGUCUUCGACAGAUACGAUAUGGCAAAUCCACGGUCUGGAUUUUUCCGAGACUUGCUGUCGAGACCAUCUCGAUUUCUUUCAAUAAGUGCAUAUCUCUUUGCUAUGGUCUUCUCAAUAAGUGUGGCCAACAUAGACGACAGAAUCAGUUUGUACAAAGUACACAGUCACUUAUGGGGAGACGCGGAGACUUCGUCGUUGUUAGAUACUUGGAGGAUUAUCAACCUUAUGCGCGUGUUAGGGGCCGUGUUGGGCUGGGUACUAGUAUCAGCUCAGCCGUCAGACGAAUGUACGGCGGAGAACUUGUACGAAGGAGAACUGCUGCCCGGAGAACAAAUGCGCAUGCAACAACGACAAGCCAGUAGUGAACCUCAGCUUGUGGUGUGAUCAUGUGAACACACGGUUGGAGACUUGGUCAAGCUUAACCCAAACCUGAAUCGUUUCAAGCUCAAGAGGUGUUUAAAAGACGCGUGGCAAGGCUGCAAGUUUUAACCAUUGAAUGUUACGAAUGAGUGCAGCACAAGAGAUCGCUUGUAGUUUCUCCUGUGCUUUGGACGACGACUAUCUCUUGAAUUGUCAUACAAUUUAAGCCACACGAUCUCCAUUUGAAAAGUCCACAAGAUAUUGCUAAAUGCUGUAAAUAACCUGUAAUUAUUGCACCAAGGGUGACCAUAAUGUAUUGUUCCUUAAAUAGAGACUUUGUUUAGUGUUGCUUUCAGAAAUACCAGGAGUUUGAAUUUGAGUAAUAAAAUGGUACUUUGUAAGGAAACUCUA